AUGGAUGAUAGUUCAGCUGAUUCAGUCGAUGAGACUCUCAAUUUGCAUACGCAUCCCGACCCGAAGUCCCUGGUUCUAGAGUUCUCAGAGGAUGAUACAAGCAGUGCAGCUUCAUCAGAUGAUGAAGAAAUGGAUGUUCUUUCUGAUAACGACGAUAUGAUGUACUAUGAACGUGCUAUUCAGGAGAUUGCUGCAGGAGAUUCAUAUAUCUGCAUGAUUUGUACGGUUGAAAUGGAUUACACAUGCAAAAUGUACGCUUGUAAAAAAUGUUGCAGAAUCUUCGAUUAUGAUUGUAUAAGAGAGUGGGCAUUAAAAUCUACCGAAAAGACCAAAGAAAGGAUUUGGAAGUGUCCAAAUUGUUAUCAUGUCAAUAAGAAAGUGCCUACCAAGAACAGAGCAACAUGUUGGUGUGGGAAAGUCGUUAAUCCUGAAAAGAAUCCUUUAAAUCCAAAUUCAUGUGGUCAAACUUGUAAUGCACCGGUUUGUAUCCAUGGAUGCUCCAAGAUUUGCCACUUGGGUCCACAUCCCGAAUGUUUAAGAACCAUAACCAUGAAAUGUGAUUGUGGAAAACAUGAGAGACAAAUUUCUUGUUUCCAAUCAAAAUCACAAUCCGGCAGAAGGAAUCGUUUCUCCUGCGAAGAAGAGUGUGGAUUACCAUUAUCAUGUGGAAUACACACGUGCAAGAAGAAAUGUCAUUCAGGUUUAUGUGGGAGCUGUCCUGAACUCCUGGAAGUAAAUGAAGAAAAAUGCGCUACGAUUAAAUGUUACUGUGGACUUGAAACAAAAAAGUCUUUCCCUUGUAAAGAUGUUAAGGCCCCUACAACAUUAUCUAGAGACGCAGAAGGUAAUAAAUGGGUUGGUGUAUUUUCAUGUAAUAAAAUAAGAAAUGUUGAGUACUCAUGUCAGAAGCAUUCAUUUGUAGAAUCAUGUGUUGCACCUCCAACCGUAUCGGGAACAAAGCAAUGCCCAUUUUCACCAAAUUUACUCAAAACUUGUCCUUGUGGGAGAACACCUUUGAAUGCAUUAUCAAAACCGCGACUCAAAUGUACCGACCCGGUUCCAACGUGUGAAGCAUGUUGUAAUAAACCUCUGAAGUGUGGUAAACAUAGAUGUCCAUUUACAUGUCAUAAUGGACCUUGUAUGGACCCAUGCAUACAAAUUGACAAGAAACCAUGUUCAUGCCACCAAUCAUUUUUCCUUACCCCAUGUCAAUUUGAAGGUGAGCCACACUGUAACAUCAAAUGUGAGUCUUUGAUGUCAUGCCGCCGUCACAGAUGUACAGAAAGAUGUUGUUCUGGAAGACCACUGGCAGAAAAACGUAAGAAGACUCUUUUCAGAUCGAGUGAUAUUAAUGAUGAAACUUUAGUUGAAGCACAGCACGUUUGUUUGAAAGAAUGCAAUUUGAUGUUAUCAUGUGGGAAACAUAGGUGUCAAAGAAAAUGCCAUCCAGGUAAAUGUCCACCAUGUCUAGAGAGUGACUCUAAUGACUUAGUUUGCCCCUGUGGCAAAACUGUUGUAGAAGCACCUGUACGUUGCGGUACCAAAUUGUCACCAUGCUUAUUUCCAUGUAUUAAAGUUAUUAGAAAUGAAUCUGUAUGCGGUCAUCCACCUGUACCACACAGCUGUCACCCAUUGGAUCAACCUUGUCCUCCAUGCACUGCUACAGUUUUUAAACCAUGUAAAUGUGGAAAGAGAGAUAAGGUUAGAACUGUUUGUUUUCAAAAAGAUGUUUCCUGUGGCAAAAUCUGUGGACUACCUCUUUUGACUUGCCAUCAUAAGUGUCAAAAGGUAUGUCAUCCAAAUGGUGAGUGCCAAGUUAAAUGCAAGCAAGUAUGUCGUAAAAAGAGAGUUAACUGUGUACAUGAAUGUUUGAAAUCUUGUCACGGAUCAACUGAAUGCUCUGAUUCCCCUUGUCCCGUGUCUACGAAGAUAUCAUGUCCAUGUGGUAGAAGAGAAAGUUACGUUACUUGUAACGCAACCUCUACGAUAGAUAGCGCUGCUUUGAUCACGAGAUUAGAUUGUAAUGAGGAAUGUGAAGUAGUAAAGAGACACCGUGAAUUGAGGGAAGCAUUUGGCAUUGUGGAGAAAGAGGAACCCGAGAACUUGGGGACAGAAAGAUUACAAAGUUUUGCUCAAAGUGCAACAAAUUACGAUGAUUUACAGUUACCAUAUACGGAACCAGCACUAGUGGCAUAUACAAAGCAACCAAAUUGGUGUGAACAGAUCGAGGAACUCUUGAUCAAAUUCAUGGACGAUAAUUCUAGACCAAGUUUACAUUUCAAACCUAUGAGACCUCCGCAACGGUACUUUAUUCAUGAAAUAGCUAAGGCAUUUAAUUUGUAUGCAGAAUCCCAAGAUCGUGAGCCAAAGAGGUCUGUUUUCCUCAAAAAAAAUGACGAUGGUACUUCAUUGAAGCCAGCUUUGAGAUUAAGUGACGUGUUGCCAGUUUACCAAAAUUUCAAGAAAUUAGAGAAAGAGCGUAAGGCCAAGCAAUUUGAAGCUAGGACCACAGCAAGAUUAAUGAACAUUACACUUGACGAUACCCUGGAAGAACGGAAAAAAUUUGAAAAUAAUGGGCUCAUUAUUAAAAAUUUGUCCAACGGAAUCACAUUAGAGUUUUUGAGUGAAUUUUUCAAUAAAUUUUUCAAAUCAACUUUAAUUAAGAACCCGCAAUAUUUAAUAAUCGAAAAUAACGGAUUAAUCUAUCCAGAAAGCCACAAUGAAAUCACGCAAGGUGUCUACAACGAUCUUGAUAUGCUGGUGGGUCAUUUCAAUGUAAUUGUCAAGGAAGAACUAAUUGGAGAUUCAGUAGAAAUGUGUAACAUUGAGAACGAAUUACCUGAAGAAAGAUUGGAAACUCCCAGGUUGGAAACACCAGGAUUGGAGUCAGAUGACGAGUAG